UGAGCUUCUUUAAACCCUUCUAUUUUUUCGUUUCAAUACAUUUCUUAAUUCGUUUCUCGUAUUGAAUAUUAGCAUUGUUUUUAUUGAUUCAUCAUCUCUAUUCAAAUACAUAUAUACAAACCCAUACAAUCAAUGUGAUGUGAACCCAAAAGGGCUGAAAAUAACUCCAACAAACAGAAUUCCAUCCUAUUCCAGUUGUUCUAUAAUUGCAAUGACUUCUUUGCCUUCGUUUUCCACCUGUACAUUACAUGGUGCCAUGUCGGCUCCUACAGCAAUGCAGUGUUACAAAGACUGCAUUUUCAAUUAUUCGAGUCUCUUCAAGCAAUCGCUUCAUAGUAAGUUGAUUUCUGUUUCUUCCAGCCCAACACAAUCAAAGGUGUUGUCCACUCUGAAACCAGUAAACUGGGAACAAAGUGGUAUGAAUAGAGUCCAAUGUCAAGCACAGGAUGUUGAAAAUAAAACUUUUUUGGUUGGGAAUAAGUUUCAACUAGAUGAUGUGGUUGAAGCUCAGCAAUUCGAUAGAAAUAUUCUCAGUGCUAUAUUUGAAGUGGCCCGUGAGAUGGAGAAGAUUGAGAAAAACUCACCCGGAAGCCAAAUUCUAAAGGGCUUUCUAAUGGCUACCCUCUUUUACGAGCCCUCAACUAGAACUAGGCUUUCCUUUGAGUCUGCCAUGAAACGGUUGGGUGGGGAAGUUUUGACAACAGAAAAUGCACGGGAGUUUUCAUCAGCUGCGAAAGGAGAGACACUUGAAGAUACCAUUAGAACCGUUGAAGGGUACUCAGAUAUAAUUGUGAUGAGGCACUUUGAAAGUGGUGCUGCCCGAAGAGCAGCAGUCACGGCUAGUAUUCCUGUUAUAAAUGCUGGGGAUGGUCCGGGGCAGCAUCCAACUCAAGCUCUUCUAGAUGUAUACACUAUUGAAAGAGAGAUAGGAAAACUCGAUGGGAUUAAAGUUGGACUUGUUGGAGAUCUAGCUAAUGGAAGGACGGUCCGCUCGCUUGCAUAUCUGCUCUCUAAGUACCAAGAUGUGAAGAUCUACUUUGUCGCACCCGAGGUGGUAAAAAUGAAGGAUGACAUAAAAGACUAUCUGACAUCAAAGGGAUUAGACUGGGAAGAAAGUGAUGAUCUAAUGGAAGUUGCUUCUAAAUGUGAUGUGGUGUACCAAACUCGCAUUCAGCGAGAGAGGUUUGGAGAGAGAAUUGAUCUUUAUCAAGAAGCUCAAGGCAAGUACAUUGUAGACCGGGCUGUCUUGCACGCAAUGCAAGAGCAUGCUGUGAUCAUGCAUCCUCUCCCAAGGCUUGACGAGAUAACCGUGGAUGUUGAUGUGGAUAAGAGGGCUGCCUACUUUAGACAAGCGAAGAAUGGUCUCUACAUUCGGAUGGCUCUGUUGAAGCUUCUGCUAGUUGGUUGGUGAGAGAUAGAUGUUUUGAUGCAUAAUGUUUUCUUCCUUUUUGUCAUUACAUUUGUGGACAUAGGAAGGAAAAGAUGUGUUCUGCCGUUUGAAGCAUAUUGUUUUCUUCCUUAUUUCAUUACAUUUGUGGACAUAGGAGAUUUUGAUAGGAAACUAUGAUAAUAUUUGGUUUUGAAGUAUGUUUGGACCAUUUUUGACUAAUAAUAUCUAUGGUUCUUUUA